AUACACAUCAGGAGAAGUGAGGUUGUGGGACACUCGCACCUGGGACUACACAGCCCCCAUCCUGGAACCGAUGCACAGUCCUGGUGAUGCUGGACCUCAGCCACAUGUCUCCUUUGUGAAGAUAAACAGCUCUCUGGCUGUAGCAGCUUACGAGGAUGGAACCGUUAGUGUGUGGAGCCUGAUGUUUGGGCGGGAGCCAAUCCAUCGUUACCAGCACAAUCAGAGGAUACAGGCUUUAGCUCUUGGUUCAGAGGGUGCAGCGGUAGCAACGGCAUCUGGCUUCGAGGUCAAAGUGGAAAGCCCUAACGACAGAGGAUUCUGGCAAACCACAGAAACGUUUGAAAUCCAGAAAUUGGUCAACUUCCUUAAUCUGGUCCCAGAUGUUGCGGGGAGUCCAGUGACAGUAGCAGCUGCAGAAGACAUUGUCUAUCUCCUGAAAGCAGAAGAUCCUGGCAAAAUCCUCCAUUCUGUCUAUGGUCAGCCUGUCACAUGUCUCGAUGUGUCUGCUCAUGAAGCAGCCUUUGGGGUCAAAACCUUUGGCUGGUUAUUGAAUGAGCCCAACCAGAUUCUUCUUUACAAUCUGGAAACAAGUCAGUGUCUAAAGAAGAUGGGCAACUCGAUAGGUGACUUUACGUGCGUCAACCUCCGGAACAGUCCUCCAAACAUGCUUGUUACAGGCAAUAAAGACAGAAGGGUCAGGGUAUUCGAUCUCCGCAGAAGCGAAUCUUUGUGCUCCCUCUAUGCCCACCAGUUAGGAGUGUCUGCGGUCCAGAUGGAUGACUGGAAGAUCGUCAGUGGGGGAGAAGAAGGCUUGGUCUGCGUGUGGGACCAACGGAUGGGCACCAAACUCUGGGAAAUGCAUGCCAGACAUCCGGUCCGCCACGUAUGGUUUAAUUCUCACAGCCUCAUCACUGCAAACGUCCCCGAUGAGAAAACUCCCCGAGGCGCCAGCAUCAUGGACGAUGACCUUACCGCACACCGCAAGCAUCGAGGAAUCAUUUAUGCCUAUGAGUUCUCGGUGGACCAGUUGGCUGUAGAAAGCUCUUCCUAUGACGAAGUGACUGGUUACAACUACAACAUCGGCCUUGCAGUUCCCUACGAUAACAUUUAG